UAUGGUGAGUGUCGAUUGAUGCUCAUGUCAUACGUGGAUCACAUCCGACAAGAGACGGUAUGGGAUGUUGUUGUUUCAUUUCAUACCUCUGAUCAUUUUGUGCAGCGAUCAGUUGUUAAUCUGUAUUCAACCUUAAAAUUAUGGAAAACACAUUUCUUUGAAAAACUUUUGUUACGGACUUUACAGAGCGCGGGGUCUCAAGAAAUCCCUAAUGGACUCGUGGAAGAUUUUAGAACAGCAUUAGAUAUACUGGCUCAGGCUGCACCUACUUCUAGUGUAACAUCCAUUGAAGCAGGAAGUAGAAUUGAUCGUGCAGAUACGGUUAUUCUUAUGGAUGAAGAUAGUUCUUCUGGUGGUUCUAGGCACAGGCUUACGCCAAAUAGUAACGGCAAUCAAUUCGAAAGAUCCAGAACUGACUCAUCUAUUAAUCAAGGAGAUCACACUUCUACAAAUGGUGGUACAGCAAAUCUUCAAAGAGAACUAAGCCGUCUUCGUGAUUUCAUUCAGAGUGCUGAAUUGCAGAGGUUUUCGGUUCUGUUACUCAACACUGUGCCAUUUGUCAUCAUUUUGCUUUCUAAAACUGUCAUUGAUGGAUUUUAUUCAUUGCUCACCCUUUUAUCCGCAUUUAUUUCCUUUCAUGUUGCAAACAGCACUUUUCUAGCUUCCAGAAGGGAGAAGCGUUACUUUAAUCUAUUGCAGUCCUUCGCAUCUUCCUUUUUGUUUUUCAAUUUUCACUCAUUUUUUUACGGAUUGGAUUCAGUUUAUCUACCAUUAACAUUUAUGUCACAUCUCAUAAAACCUGUCACUUUCUUCAGCACAUUACAUGUUGUCUUGGUCAAUGAUUUUGCUGUAAAAAUUAUAACAGUCGAGUUAAAAGCUGGACUUACUCUUUUGCCGGUAAAAAUAAUUGGCGAUAGACGUUUGCGUCGACUUUUUCAAUGGCUUGAAUAUACCAGUCAAUUCUAUCGCUAUAUUUUGCCUAUUCCACAUUGGAUGCGUUAUCUUAGCUAUUCACAAUUCUCUACUCCAUUGACUUCUUUUAGCGAUCAUUUUUUUGCUGUAAUAUACAUACUCUAUAAAGCAUGCUUAAUACACAUAAUUGGCAAACGUUGGUUUGAGAGCACGAAGCGUAUUUUUCGUUUAGCUUCUAUUGGCUUCAAUAUAUCAAUGAAAAGUGAAGAAUCAAUGCAGUGCACGAUUUGCUUUAAUGAUUUGUGCAGUCCAAUGAAGCUUUCUUGUGGUCAUAUUUUUUGUGAAGAAUGUAUCAGCAUUUGGUUAGACAGUGAACAUACCUGCCCAAUGUGCCGAGCAACAGUUGCCCAAGAAGAUAAUAUGUGGAAAAGUGGAGAGACUACAUAUUCCCCGCAGUUGUGCUAG